UGUCACUGUACACUAUUUCCGCUUUCGGUGAAGAGUUUAAGUGCCCAGAAAGUCAUGAUGAGAAAAACCCUAAUUGUCUUUACGCUAAUCCAGAUGAUUGUUGUUCAUUCUAUCAGUGCGCUAACGGUAAACCAUAUUUGAUGAAAUGUCCUGAAGGUUUGCAAUGGAAUUCGAAACAACUAUGGUGUGAUUGGCCACAAAAUUCUGAUUGUGGGGUUAAUGGUAAAAGUGGAGAUCAUCAAGAUCAUCAAGUCGAAGAACAUAAGACAAAUAAACCUGAAGGUGAAACUGAUGGUAAACCCGAUGGUGAACCUGAUGGUGAGCCUGAUGGUCAGCCUGAGGAAGAAACUCAGUAA